AUGCAUUUCAACUUCAUCACUUCCCUUACCCUUAUCACCAGCCUCACUGGCAACGCCCUAGCCAUGCCAGCUUCCAACCAGUCUCCCAACAUUCAGAAGCGCGCCGAAUGGCCUGACUACACUAUCACAUAUUACACCGAUACCUAUUGCGACAAGACUACCGGAAGUUACUCACAUAACGUGGAAACCUGCAAGAACCUUGAUAAUUUUGCCGUUGAUAUCCUUUCUCUCUUUGGCGAGACCAAUGAUGGUGAAAAUUUCGGCGCUGGCAACUGCGGCUGGAAUCUCUUUAUUUACCCUGAGUAUGACUGUGAGGGCGGCGAGUGGUCGAGUACGGUUACCUCAGGAAAUUGUGGCAGUGACGCCCUUAAGAAGAGCCCUAUUAAGAGCUUUUCAGUUUCCCACAACGGCAGCCCAUGUAUCGACGUAUAA